CAGCUCAGAAACCAAGAAGAGUCCUUUCCCUUUAGAGUCAGGUAGCUCUAUAUUUGGCAUACGGAGAUUCACACAACUCUGCCCCUCUGGAACUGUAACUAGGGCCAAAGCGCGCACAGAGGGUUUGUGCAAUGCACACUCCCGUCCAUGGGCUCCUCUUCAACGGAGUCAACCAGUCUCUGGUUUUCAGUCCUACGGAUGAUCCGAUCAUGGGGAACCUUGGCAAUGGCACCGUCCUCCCGAACGGGAGCGAUCCUUUUGGAAGAAACGAAGAGGUCGCCAAAAUAGAGAUAGCGGUCCUCAGCAUCACCUUUGUGGUGGCUGUGAUUGGGAACGUCAGUGUCUUGCUGGCCAUGUUCAACACGAAGAAAAAGAAGUCGAGAAUGCACCUCUUCAUCCGGCACCUCAGCAUAGCUGAUCUGGUGGUCGCUUUCUUCCAGGUCCUGCCGCAGCUCUGCUGGAAGAUCACCUUUCGCUUCUACGGGCCAGAUGUCCUGUGCAGGAUAGUGAAGCACCUCCAGGUGAUGGGCAUGUUCGCCUCCACCUACAUGAUGGUGAUGAUGACCGUGGACCGUUACAUCGCCAUCUGCCACCCUCUGAAGACCCUUCAGCAGCCCACCCAGCGGUCCUAUAUUAUGAUCAUCAGCACCUGGAUGUGUAGUCUGGUCCUCAGCAUGCCGCAGUACUUUAUAUUCUCUCUGAGUGAGAUCAAGAACGGUUCGGUUGUCUACGACUGUUGGGGCCACUUCAUAGAACCGUGGGGCGUAAAGGCGUACAUCACUUGGAUAACCGUCAGUAUAUUCGUAAUCCCAGUGUUCAUUCUGAUGAUAUGCUACGGGUUCAUCUGCCACAGCAUAUGGAAGAACAUAAAGUAUAAAACCAGAAACACACACGCGGGUGUUGCGUCUAAAAACGGUCUGAUGGGAAUUAACUCUGUUAGCAACGUUACUACUAUAUCCAGAGCGAAGUUGAGAACUGUCAAAAUGACGUUUGUGAUUGUCCUGGCUUACAUAAUAUGCUGGUCACCUUUUUUCAUCGUGCAGAUGUGGUCGGUGUGGGAUGAGAAUUUCGCAUGGGACGAAUCUGAGAACACCGCGGUCACACUGUCCGCGCUCCUCGCGAGUCUAAACAGCUGCUGUAACCCGUGGAUAUACAUGAUCUUCAGCGGACAUCUUCUGCACGACUUUACUCUCUGUUUCCCGUGCUGUAAUAAAUUACGCUACAAGUUCAAGAAAGAGGACUCGGACAGCAGUCUCCGGAGAAAUACGGUAUUGACUAAAAUGACCAACCGAAGCCCAACGUGCAGUUCAGGCACUUGGAAAGACAGUGACAACUCCCCCUAGUUCUCCAUUCAAUCUAGUCAAGCAGAGACCUAACACAACGUGUUAAACGCACAAACACAAGCUGGUGGUUAUUUAUUGAUUGACUCUUAUUGACUUGACAAUUCUAAGACUUUCAAGGUACCACUUUAAAACGGGUGGGAUACUGACACUGAUUGAUUGAUGUGUCCCUAAAAUAGAUGAGCAUUACACCGUUGUUUUGGGAUAUAUUGUCUGGAUUGUCUGUCAGAAAAACAUCUCAAGAAUGAAGUCUUGAGAAGUCAGAGUGAUAAACCAAAAUCACAAAGUGAUAAACUAUUUCCUCUGGUAAAACAUGUUAUAAAUUGAAGAUUAUAUUUUAUGUGUUUCAACAGGUUCCAAACCUGAUUCUCUGGAGUCUAAGACAGUCUAUAAUGGGUGAAAUACAUCAGAUCUGAAUUUGAAAAUGUAAAGUAGAAAAGAAACUGAUCAUCUGAACUAUCUAAAUACCAACAGCUAUAUCAGUUGAGUAAAAUAAUAAUAAUAAUAAUCAUUUCUAAAACAUUCCAGACUCCCAGGGUCCUCUUUCCAAUGCACUAAUGAUUUUCCGGUCUAGGAAUUUCUACAGCAAAGCCUAGACUAAUUCAGAUGAGGACAGAUCUCAGUGACUAAGGACCCUGGAUUAGAUCACAGGUUGCCAUCUGUGUUGGCCAUAUUUCCCCAUUGAGCCACUCUCUCAGUGUGAAUUAAAAAACGAAUUGGGCCUGGAUGGUUUACAAAGCAACAGAGAUGUCUGUCUGCCUGUUGGAUUUCUACACAGACACACCAGGCCAGGGGCACAACUUUGUUUUUAGAAGUGUGUGUGUGU